AUGACCCCGGAGGAGGAAGGCUCCCGGGCAGGGCCCCCAGAGCGGGUGCGUAUCCGGGUGGAGGAGCAGUCGUUCUGUGUGGAGAAGACCCUGCUGGUGGAGAGCAGUGAGUACUUCCGUGCCCUCUUCCGCUCGGGCAUGAGGGAGAGCACGCAGGAGGAGAUCGGGCUGGGGGAGCUGAGCGCGGCCGGGUUCCUCGCCAUGCUGCGGGUGCUGGAGGGCGAGAGGCCCAUCCUUGGCAGCGAGGAGACCCUCCAGGCAGUGGAGUGUGCUGCCUUCCUGCAGGUAAAACCCUUGGCCAAGUACCUGAUCCACUCCAUCAACUCCGACAACUGCAUCCUGCUGUACCAAGCUGCUGCCAUAUUCGGCCUCCUGGAUCUCUUCCACUGCGCCGCUCUCUAUAUCAGGGACAGCUAUGCCGAGCUGGAGGAGUACCUGGACUGCCUCUCUGAUGACCUGUUGGCCUAUGUGGAAGCCCUCCUGCCCAGCACCUUUGUGGCAGUGGGAGCCCACACACCCACCUUCGAGUUCUUGGAGGACCUGUCCAGGACCAUCUGCUACCUGGACGAGGAGACCAACACGUGGAGGACCCUCUCCUGCCUUCCACUGAGCGCCAGCACAUUCCUAGCCGGCAUGGCAACCAUGGAUAAUAAGAUCUACAUCGUGGGUGGCGUCUACGGGGCCAACAAGCAGGUGGUGGAGAGCAGCUUCUGCUAUGACGCUGACGCCAACGCCUGGAGCGAGUUCCCCAGCCCUCACCAGCUGCGCUACGACGUCAGGCUGGUGGGCCACGAGGGCUUCCUCUACGCCAUUGGGGGGGAGUACGAGAAGAUCUCACUCAAGUCCGUGGAGAGGUACGAUGUGGCCUCCAGCACUUGGACGUUUGUCUCCGACCUGCCGCAGCCCAGCACGGCGGCGCCCUGUGCCCAAGCCCUCGGGCAGAUCUUUGUUUGCCUGUGGCAGCCACUGGACACCACCGUCAUCUACGAGUACGAGACCCAGCAGGACGAGUGGCUUCCCGUCACCGAGCUCAAGCGGCACCAGAGCUACGGGCACUGCAUGGUGGCCCACCGUGACAACCUCUAUGUCAUGCGCAACGGCCCCUACGACGACUUCUUGCGCUGUGUCAUCGACUGCUUCAACCUGACGUCGCGGCAGUGGACGGCCCUGCCUGGGCAGUUCCUGAACAGCAAGGGAGCCCUGUUCACUGCUGUUGUCAGGGGGGACACCAUCUACACUGUCAACAAGAUGCUGACACUCCUCUAUUCCGUGGAAGAGGAGACCUGGAAGCAGAAGAAGGAGCGAGCAGGUUUCCCGCGCAGUGGCUCCCUGCAGACCUUCCUCCUGCGGCUGCCGAGACGUGACCAUGACAUCGCGACGUAGGUGGUCCCCCAUCCCAUGUCAGGAUGCACAUGGCUCUGCACUUGCUGCUCCCCUGGGCUCCUCUCCUCCUCCAUGGAGUUGUGCUCAGGUCCAGGGAUGCCUCAUGUUGGAUCCUGGAGGUGACACUAGACCCUGCCAGAGGGGAAGGGACUGCAGGCAGUUGCUGCUGUGCCUGCCUGCCCUGCACGAGUGCAAAGUCCUGCCAGACGUGGGCUCAUGAGCCAACUGUGUGCGUGGCUUCGUGGCUUCUGCAGAGAACAGGUACCAGAGAGGUGCAAACAGGGGGUUUAUUUAUUCUGACUACACUCUGAGGGUGUGCAGGACUCCACCUCCUCUCUUCCCUGAUGGGGAAUCAUUCAUUAUAUCUCAGAAUUAAAAGGAAACCUAUAGAAAAGCUUCUCAUUACAGAAUUUUCAUUACUCUUGGGUUUGGUUCCCCCCCCCUCCUUCUGAAGGAUAAUACCUCCUAACAGAGAUCCAUGUCAGGACUCACUCCUGCCCCUGAAUGC